UAGUUAUCGCCGAUCGGCCGUCCAGUCGCGGGUGGGGGGCGAGGAGGGAUAGGGGUCCCGCCCGAUUGCCUGGAACUUGCCGAGACAGGAACAUGUACGGCGAAUUCCUCAAUUCAACCGGUGUGACAGGAGCGCACCUGGUCGAUCAGACCAGCACUCUCUACCCGAAUACUACGCAGAGGCCCGGGAGCUCUGCGGGCUUCUCUCUGGCAACGGCCAAGGUCCUGAAGGAAGGAGAGAUGAACAAGGCCGAUCUGGCGACCUACGUGGUGCUCUUUUUCGUCCUGCUCUUAACCGUGUCCGUCAUCGUGCUUUUCAUCAACUGCCAGUUGAAGAACUCCUUCUUCGCCACGUCACCUUACGACAGGUCUCUGAGAGAGGCCAGGAACCCGUGGAGAACCCAGGCGGUCUAGAUCCCACCGCGAAGACGUCGGGGUCAAAGGGGACUGAGUGGAGCUUCUUGGAUUAUCGUCUGCCCCCAGAUGCUGGCCGAUAUGAGCGGAUCCUCAGCUAGAGCAUCCCCACAAUAAAAUCCCUUUUUUUGGGCCACUGAGUGGAUGCCGGCACCUUUUACUGGGAAACUCGUUCAACGGGGGAAAUGGAAAGGAAAGGGAAAGGAUGGUAA